AUGUCCUCCAAGUCUCUCCAAGUCCAGGAGGCAUGUCCUCCAAGUCUCCCCAAGUCCAGGAGGCAUGUCCUACAAGUCUCCCCAAGUCCAGGAGGCAUGUCCUCCAAGUCUCCCCAAGUCCAGGAGGCAUGUCCUCCAAGUCUCCCCAAGUCCAGGAGGCAUGUCCUACAAGUCUCCCCAAGUCCAGUAUGCAUGUCCUACAAGUACAGUAUGCAUGUCCUACAAGUCUUCCCAAGUACAGGAGGCAUGUCCUACAAGUCUCCCCAAGUCCAGGAGGCAUGUCCUCCAAGUCUCCCCAAGUCCAGGAGGCAUGUCCUCCAAGUCUCCCCAAGUCCAGGAGGCAUGUCCUCCAAGUCUCCCCAAGUCCAGUAUGCAUGUCCUACAAGUACAGUAUGCAUGUCCUACAAGUCUUCCCAAGUACAGGAGGCAUGUCCUACAAGUCUCCCCAAGUCCAGUAUGCAUGUCCUACAAGUACAGUAUGCAUGCCCUCCAAGUCUCCCCAAGUCCAGUAUGCAUGUCCUCCAAGUCUCCCCAAGUCCAGGAGGCAUGUCCUCCAAGUCUCCCCAAGUCCAGGAGGCAUGUCCUCCAAGUCUCCCCAAGUCCAGGAGGCAUGUCCUCCAAGUCUCCCCAAGUCCAGGAGGCAUGUCCUCCAAGUCUCCCCAAGUCCAGGAGGCAUGUCCUCCAAGUCUCCCAAGUCCAGGAGGCAUGUCCUCCAAGUCUCCCCAAGUCCAGGAGGCAUGUCCUCCAAGUCUCCCCAAGUCCAGGAGGCAUGUCCUACAAGUCUCCCCAAGUCCAGGAGGCAUGUCCUCCAAGUCUCCCCAAGUCCAGGAGGCAUGUCCUACAAGUCUCCCCAAGUCCAGUAUGCAUGUCCUACAAGUACAGUAUGCAUGCCCUCCAAGUCUCCCCAAGUCCAGUAUGCAUGUCCUCCAAGUCUCCCCAAGUCCAGGAGGCAUGUCCUCCAAGUCUCCCCAAGUCCAGGAGGCAUGUCCUCCAAGUCUCCCCAAGUCCAGGAGGCAUGUCCUCCAAGUCUCCCCAAGUCCAGGAGGCAUGUCCUCCAAGUCUCCCCAAGUCCAGGAGGCAUGUCCUCCAAGUCUCCCCAAGUCCAGGAGGCAUGUCCUCCAAGUCUCCCCAAGUCCAGGAGGCAUGUCCUCCAAGUCUCCCCAAGUCCAGGAGGCAUGUCCUCCAAGUCUCCCCAAGUCCAGGAGGCAUGUCCUCCAAGUCUCCCCAAGUCCAGGAGGCAUGUCCUCCAAGUCUCCCCCAAGUCCAGGAGGCAUGUCCUCCAAGUCUCCCAAGUCCAGGAGGCAUGUCCUCCAAGUCUCCCCAAGUCCAGGAGGCAUGUCCUACAAGUCUCCCCAAGUCCAGUAUGCAUGUCCUACAAGUACAGUAUGCAUGUCCUACAAGUCUCCCCAAGUCCAGGAGGCAUGUCCUCCAAGUCUCCCCAAGUCCAGGAGGCAUGUCCUCCAAGUCUCCCCAAGUCCAGGAGGCAUGUCCUCCAAGUCUCCCCAAGUCCAGGAGGCAUGUCCUACAAGUCUCCCCAAGUCCAGUAUGCAUGUCCUACAAGUACAGUAUGCAUGUCCUACAAGUCUCCCCAAGUCCAGGAGGCAUGUCCUCCAAGUCUCCCCAAGUCCAGGAGGCAUGUCCUCCAAGUCUCCCCAAGUCCAGGAGGCAUGUCCUCCAAGUCUCCCCAAGUCCAGGAGGCAUGUCCUACAAGUCUCCCCAAGUCCAGUAUGCAUGUCCUACAAGUACAGUAUGCAUGUCCUACAAGUCUCCCCAAGUCCAGGAGGCAUGUCCUCCAAGUCUCCCCAAGUCCAGGAGGCAUGUCCUCCAAGUCUCCCCAAGUCCAGGAGGCAUGUCCUCCAAGUCUCCCCAAGUCCAGGAGGCAUGUCCUCCAAGUCUCCCCAAGUCCAGGAGGCAUGUCCUCCAAGUCUCCCCAAGUCCAGUAUGCAUGUCCUCCAAGUCUCCCCAAGUCCAGGAGGCAUGUCCUCCAAGUCUCCCCAAGUCCAGGAGGCAUGUCCUCCAAGUCUCCCCAAGUCCAGGAGGCAUGUCCUCCAAGUCUCCCCAAGUCCAGGAGGCAUGUCCUCCAAGUCUCCCCAAGUCCAGGAGGCAUGUCCUCCAAGUCUCCCCAAGUCCAGGAGGCAUGUCCUCCAAGUCUCCCCAAGUCCAGGAGGCAUGUCCUCCAAGUCUCCCCAAGUCCAGGAGGCAUGUCCUCCAAGUCUCCCCAAGUCCAGGAGGCAUGUCCUCCAAGUCUCCCCAAGUCCAGGAGGCAUGUCCUACAAGUCUCCCCAAGUCCAGUAUGCAUGUCCUACAAGUACAGUAUGCAUGUCCUACAAGUCUCCCCAAGUCCAGGAGGCAUGUCCUCCAAGUCUCCCCAAGUCCAGGAGGCAUGUCCUACAAGUCUCCCCAAGUCCAGUAUGCAUGUCCUACAAGUACAGUAUGCAUGUCCUACAAGUCUUCCCAAGUACAGGAGGCAUGUCCUACAAGUCUCCCCAAGUCCAGUAUGCAUGUCCUACAAGUACAGUAUGCAUGCCCUCCAAGUCUCCCCAAGUCCAGUAUGCAUGUCCUCCAAGUCUCCCCAAGUCCAGGAGGCAUGUCCUCCAAGUCUCCCCAAGUCCAGGAGGCAUGUCCUCCAAGUCUCCCCAAGUCCAGUAG